UGGUGCACUGUGUCCCUCAGACACAGCAGAUCACUGAUCAAUGGAAAGAGACAAAGAUGUCAGCUUGGUCAUGUGAUCAGCUGUGUCCAAUCACAGCUGAUCACAUCAGUGCCACUUGUCAGUGCCCAUCAAUGCCAGCUGUCAGUGCUCAUCAAUGCCAUCUGCCAGUGCCCAUCAGUGCCACAUAUCAGUGCCUACCAGUGCACAUCAAAGCCACAUAUCAGUGCCCAUCUGAGCUGCCUUUCAGUGUCACCUAUCAGUGCCAAUCAGAGCCACCUAUCCGUGCCAGUCAGUGCCACCUAUCUGUGCCAGUCAGUGCUGACUAUCAGUGCGCAUCAGUGCCGCCUAUCUGUGCCCAUCAGUGCUGCCUGCCUAUCAGUGCCAGUCAGUGCCGCCUAUCAGUGCCAUAUAUGAGUUCUGCCUUUCAUUGCCCAUCAGUGAUGCCUGUCAAUGCCCAUCAG